CCGGCCGGCUCCGGAGAGCGGCUGCCCCGGCCCAGGCCGCGAUGGCGGGCAAGGCGGCUGCCCCGGGCACCGCGGUGCUGCUGGUCACGGCCAACGUGGGCUCGCUCUUCGACGACCCAGAAAACCUCCAGAGGAACUGGCUCCGGGAGUUUUAUCAGGUCGUCCACACUCACAGGCCACACUUCCUGGCCCUGCACUGCCAGGAGUUCGGAGGGAAGAACUAUGAAGCGUCCAUGUCGCACGUGGACAAGUUUGUCAAGGAGCUGCUCUCCAGCGACGCCAUGAAGGAGUACAGCCGGGCGCGGGUCUACCUGGACGAGAACUACAAGUCGCAGGAGCAGUUCACGGCGCUAGGAAGCUUUUACUUUCUUCACGAAUCCUUAAAAAACAUCUACCAAUUUGACUUUAAAGCCAAGAAGUACAAGAAGGUGACCGGCAAGGAGAUCUACUCGGACACGCUGGAGAGCACGCCCAUGCUGGAGAAGGAGAAGUUCCCACAGGACUACUUCCCCGAGUGCAAGUGGUCGAGGAAAGGCUUUCUCCGGACGCGGUGGUGCCUUGCGGACUGUGCCUUCGACUUGGUGAACAUCCACCUUUUCCACGAUGCUUCCAACCUGGUUGCCUGGGAGACCAGCCCCUCUGUGUACUCGGGGAUCCGGCACAAGGCUCUGGGCUACGUGCUCGACAGGAUCGUUGACCAGCGGUUCGAGAAGGCGUCCUACUUUGUCUUCGGUGAUUUCAACUUCCGGCUGGAUUCCAAGUCCGUGGUGGAGACUCUCUGCACAAAGGCCACGAUGCAGACAGUCCGGGCUGCGGACACCAACGAAGUCGUGAAGCUGAUAUUCCGCGAGUCAGACAACGACCGGAAGGUGAUGCUCCAGCUGGAGAAGAAGCUCUUUGACUACUUCAACCAGGAGGUUUUUCGGGACGACAACGGCACUGCGCUCUUAGAAUUCGACAAAGAGCUGUCUGUGUUUAAGGACAGACUGUAUGAACUGGACAUCUCGUUCCCUCCCAGCUACCCGUACAGCGAGGACUGCAGCCAGGGCCGGCAGUACAUGAACACCCGCUGCCCCGCCUGGUGUGACCGCGUCCUCAUGUCUCCGUCGGCCAAGGAGCUGGUCCUGAGGUCGGAGAGCGAGGAGAAGGUGGUCACCUACGACCACAUCGGGCCCAACGUCUGCAUGGGAGACCACAAGCCCGUGUUCCUGGCCUUCCGCAUCGCGCCCGGGGCAGGUAAACCUCACGCACGCGUGCCCAAGUGUUGUGUGGUGCAGUGACGUGGUGGGAGGCGAUGCCAGCGCCUCGAGGGGACCCCCGGCGAGACCCCCCCGUAGCACGAGGGCCCACGUCCUCCGACAGCUGCGUCCAGACCCGCCCGAGCGCCACCGCUAGACGGCCGGCCCCACACUCUGCUUCAGCCCCGGACGGCGCUCCGGACAAGCCUCACAUACCUCACCGUCCUGUCUGUCCAUGUGGCAUCAAGUAGAAGCAUUGGGUUUUUUUUUUAAAUGAGUCACAGUCCUGUUGCCAAAACUCUAAUAGACAGCAAAAAGAUCUGUAUUUUAGACGUCACGGUUUUCGAUUUUUAAUCAUUGUCCGCGUGGAGGAGCUUCUCGGGAGCAGAAACCCCGUGGGGCUCGGAGUCGCCCUGAGGCAGGGGCUGAGCGGGCGCGCGGCCGCCGCUGUCACUUCUGGAGGCCCCUCCCUGUCACUCACUCUACUGCCAUGUUACAUGGUUUCGGAUCACACUGCAGCUGCUUUCCAUUUUUAUAUAUAUAAAUAUAUAUAAAUAUAUACUUUUUAAAAAUAAUUUAUAAACCUUACCAAAACUACGCUGAAUAUACUUCCUAGUAUGAAUGCCUGAGUGUCAUGUCACCAGUAGAACCGAGUCUAGGAGCUGGUCACCCGCACGUCCACACACAGAGCUGUCAAACCGGGAUUGUGCCCAGUGGUGCCGUGGGGCUCGGACAGCCUGCGGCUCUCACGCCAGCAGUCAGACUCCUAGGCUUCCUGCUGUGUAAUAUUAAGAACUGAAUGUGAAGUUUAUAGCUAGCUUGGGUGUACCUUUCAAGGAUUUUGUAAACCGUUUUGUCCGUCUUUUGUUACUGUACUAUGGUGCCAAGUAUUCUACGUAAAACAAUAAUAUCACGGGAGAAAUAAAAAUAGCCUAGUCUGCUUCUGAUAGAAACUGCUUUUAACAUGGGCUGUACAUAAACUAUUAAGAGAAACAAACUGUCCGAGUCCCCGGUUGCCGUGCCUCCCACGGCCCGUCGUGACCCUGCCGCACGUCCCUGUCCCCGACACCUGGCGCGCGGUCAGAGGUGGCGCCCGGCCCGAGGAUGAAACACAAAUGACGUUUAUUGAUCUGCUUUAAACACUACAGAACUCCCGGGCUGGGUGCAGGCGCCAGGGGAAAGCUUGGUUUAGGUGAAUCACUACCAUUGCAAACGGUUUGGCAUCCACCGGCCGAGUCUGCAGCCUCGACAGAACGAUCUGGGUGUGUGUCAAGCUGUGGUCACUCCGUCCAUGUGCCGCACGGCCAUUCCGGCCCACGGUGAUUUCUGUGUAGCAGGGUUUCAGCUGUUGGUCACUCUGGAGGCCUUUGGAAAUGGCCGCUCCGGUCCCUAAGCAAUAAAAUUGAUC